AUGGCCCAGAGAAAGAAGAAACUGACCAAGAAGAAGAGAUACCCAGCCAGCAGAGAGCCGGAGGCUGACUCUGACAGCGGAGACUUUGAGCUGGCUGCUGAAGUUAAAGACGAUGAUUCUCCGGGGAGGAAACUGCAGCGGUUCCCCGCCUCUGCAGACUGCCUGUCAGAUGUGGAGCCUGACACCAGGCAGCUGGUUAGAGCUCAAAACAAGAAGAAAAAGAAGUCUGGAGGCUUUCAGUCCAUGGGUCUCAGUUACCCUGUAUAUAAAGGCGUCAUGAAGAAGGGUUACAAAGUCCCUACACCAAUUCAAAGAAAGACUGUCCCGGUGAUUUUGGAUGGGAAAGAUAUAGUAGCCAUGGCUAGGACCGGCAGUGGUAAGACAGCUGCCUUCCUGGUUCCCAUGUUUGAGAAGUUGAAGGCCCCUCAAGCUCAAACAGGAGCCAGGGCCCUCAUCCUGACCCCCACCAGAGAGUUGGCCCUGCAGACCAUGAAGUUCACAAAAGAGUUGGGAAGAUUCACUGGCCUCAAGACUGCCUUGAUCCUCGGUGGAGACAGAAUGGAUGAUCAGUUCGCUGCUCUUCACGAAAACCCUGACAUAAUCAUCGGUACCCCCGGUCGUCUUAUGCACGUCAUCACAGAGAUGAACCUGAAGUUGCAUAACGUGGAGUAUGUGGUGUUUGAUGAAGCUGACAGGUUGUUUGAAAUGGGUUUUGCUGAGCAGCUUCAGGAGAUCAUCCGGAGGCUCCCAGACACCAGACAGACCCUGCUGUUCUCUGCCACUCUGCCUAAACUGCUGGUGGAGUUUGCCAGAGCCGGGUUGACUGAACCAGUGUUGAUUCGUUUGGAUGUGGAUUCUAAACUCAGUGAUCAGAUUAAGCUGUCACUUUUCCAUCUGCGUGCGGAUGACAAGCCGGCACUGCUACUUCAUCUGCUGAGGAAUGUUGUGAAGCCUCAGGAGCAGACGGUGGUUUUUGUAGCCACCAAACACCAUGUGGAGUACGUCAAAGAGCUGCUGACUUUAGAAGGCGUGGAGUGUGCCUACAUCUACAGUGCACUAGAUCAGACUGCCAGGAAAAUCAACAUCGGGAAAUUUGUGCAUCGGAAAGCCAUGGUGCUAAUUGUGACUGAUGUUGCAGCUCGUGGUAUAGACAUUCCCCUGCUGGACAAUGUCAUAAACUACAACUUCCCCUCCAAGCCCAAGCUCUUCUUGCACAGAGUUGGCCGUGUGGGACGUGCUGGGCGCAGUGGCGUAGCCUACAGUAUGAUUAGUCAAGAUGAGAUGCCUUAUGUCUACGACCUUCACCUCUUCCUUGGAAGGCCUGUUCAGUUCGCCACACCUGAACACACAGAAGAUUCCGAAGGUGUGUUUGGUCGGGUCCCUCAGAGCAUCCUGGAUGACGAAAGUGCCCAUCUGAUCACGGCUCACGAAAACUCCCUGGACCUGGAAAACCUGCAUCGCGUGUCAGAGAACGCCUACAAGCAGUAUCUCAAGUCUCGACCAAACCCUUCGCCCGAGUCCAUCAGACGGGUCAAAAGCACAGACAUGUCCAUCAUGGCUGUCCAUCCACUGCUAGGGUCCGGUUUGGAGAAAAUGGAACUGGAGCGCCUUCAGAUAGUUGAUGCCAUCAAGGGGUACAAAUCCAAAUCGACUAUCUUUGAAAUCAACUCUAGCAGUAAGACACAGGCUAGUGGGGUGAUGCGGACCAAACGCUCCAAAGACACGCGGCUGGUGGACAAAUUCAGCAAACAGAGAGACAAGCUGGCGGCAGAAACCCAGAUGCAGCGGCCUAUCAAACCCAGCACCGCCGCAGAUGAUUACGCACACUCUUCAGACCAAGAGGACGAUGACCUACAGGGGGUGUUCUCUGAAGUGGUUGGUGGAAAAAGGAAAGGUCUGCAGGGAGACAGGGAAGAACGGCCAAAAAACAAGAGAAGCAAACAGUCGGGCAAAGACGAGGAGUUUUACAUCCCCUACAGACCCAAAGACUUCAACUCUGAGAGAGGGUUAAGCCUUGGGGGAGAGGGCACCGCUUUUGAACAGCAGGCCUCCUCGGCUGUCCUGGACCUCAUGGGAGAUGAGGGAGAACGGCUGAACCAGCACAAAAAAAUAAUGAAAUGGGACCGUAAGAAGAAGCGCUUUGUGACACAAACAGGAGGAAAGGAUGACCAGAAAAAGAGGAUCAGGACAGAUGGUGGACAGGUCAUCAAUAACAAGAAAAACAAGAAGAACUUUUACGAAGAGUGGAAGAAAAAAUACAAGGUUGAUGAUGGAGGAUCUGGCUCAGAUGGAGAAACAGGACGAGGACGAGGAGGAGGAGGAGGAGGAAGAGGGAGGAGGCCAGGAGGAGGACGUGGUCGUGGCCGUGGAAGGCAAGGUCCUAACUUCCAGAGCCCUAACUUCCAGAAGCCUGGAGGACUACAGCAGACGCCUGGUGGCCGCAGAGUGCGCUCAGAGCUGAAGACGAGUGACCAGAUCAUUAAGCAGCGCAGAAAAGAGCAGAAACACCGUUUUCUGCAGAGCGGAGGCUUGAAAAAUGUCCGUUCCAAGAACAAAAAGUGGCUUGGAGAAGUUAAGAAGUCAGGUUUUGGACGGGGUGGUCAAAAGAAGGGUAAGAUGAGGAAGAGACUCUGAGAACAACACAGAGGGAUGAUGGUGUGAGAUGGUUGAGAUGGAGGCCACCACGAGGGACUGGAUGAUGACCAUUAUCUUAACAAACCCCCUUAAAUAACUUGACCCAGUCUUUCAUGACUGUGAGUUAAAGGAGUUGAGAAAAGCAUUUCUAGACCCUAGAGAUGAACUUAACUUUUUUCCAUCAUUGCCUACUGAACUCUGAUACAGAGUAUGUAUAAGAACGAUCCAAUGUACUGGAUUGUCCUCCUUUAAGUGUAUUGGCAGAUGCAAUGUCCUGAGAUAUCUCUAUACUAUUAACUGUAGGCAAAAUACAUAUAAUGAGGUAA